CCAAUAUUGAACCUGCUCAAACGAUCGAAGACCAACCAACCAGACGGACACGUACCAGGGAUUCGAUCCGCGGGUAGUUUCCAGCAAGAAGAAGAAGAAGAAGGGUUUAGGGAAAAAAGUUCAGUAGCUGAAGGAAGAAAAGUAGCAGUGAGAAAGGAAAGUUUCGUGGGGAGGACGGUUUUGCGUGCGUUUUUGGAAAAAAAAUCUGUGAUUUCGACGACGUUGGUGGAGCCUGGUUUUUCCAGCUUUUUCUUCGGUGUGAAAACGAGGGAACCAAUUGAGAACCGUCGAUACUCGCAAGGAUUAGUGCGGUCCACCCUCGUCAUCAUCCUUCCAGCGGAACCCAUCCCCGUCGUCGUCGAGCACCGGUGACCGGGACACGGCCAACACGAGCCGCAGCAGGAGAAGUGCCCCGGAGGAGAAACGUGUGGCCAGUGGCAGUGAGAUUUUUCCCUGAACCACCCAUCCACCGACCGUGAAAAGAGAAGGAUUUCGGAUUCCAGCGGUCCGUUAUAACACCAAACCUACCACCACCACCACCAAAACCACACCAACACACACAAAAUAUGAGCGCUGAUCCAGCAGCCCCACCAGCAGAGUCAGCUCCAGAUGGACUCGCACCGGGAGCGGCCGGUGAGCCGGGAGCGGACGGAAUCGUCGGUGGACCCCGGACGCCCCAGCAGAUCGCGGCACAGAAGCGACUCCAGCAGACGCAGGCACAAGUAGACGAGGUUGUGGACAUCAUGAAGACGAACGUGGAGAAGGUGCUGGAGAGAGAUCAGAAACUGUCCGAGCUGGACGACCGGGCCGACGCCCUGCAGCAGGGUGCCUCACAGUUUGAACAGCAAGCCGGCAAACUCAAGAGGAAAUUCUGGCUGCAGAACCUGAAAAUGAUGAUAAUUAUGGGUGUGAUUGGCCUUGUUAUAAUUGGAAUCCUUGUAGCGAAAUUUAUGCCAGCUGAGCAACCCCAGCAGCCGAUGAUGAUGAUGCCGCAGCAGCCGAUGCAGCAGAUGCCAAUGCAGGUCCAAGGAGGCCAGGCGCCGGCGGCAGCCCCUGCGGCACUCGUCCAGGACAUUGCAUCGCUAGUUUCCAAUCAGCAUCAGUUUAAAAACUAAACACACAGAAAAUUAGGCAGCAGCAGCAGCCAGAGAGAAACAAAAUCAUAAGAGGGAGAAGAAAAAAACUUAAAGUUAUUCAAAAAAGGUAAAAAUAAAAAACAAGAAAAAGACACACACACACAGCUCACAUUAAAUGAAACAAUUUGAACAAAAUAAUUAACGUAUAUAGUGACGAAAAACAAACUCUUUACAUAUGAUCUAUUAUACAUAUUUAUCGAACAAGAGAAACCAAAAACUAAAAAAAAGAUCGUUUAUUUUUACCUUUGUCAUUGAUUAUACCUAACUAAAUAAAUUUCUAUAUGUUGUUACUGAUCUCGUUUAAUGUUUUGUCUAAAAAGUUGCAAAACAAAAAAGGGCAAACAAUACAUUCUUCGUUAGGAACGUUACUCCAAGUUUUCCACGAGCCUUUCUUCUUUACAACAAAUAAAAAAAUAAAGAAGAAAGUGCGAAAUGUUCUAAUGAUGAUACUCAAACGAAACCCAGUUACAUUAACCAGUACUAAAAGUUACAGCAAGAAAUACACUUAACGCAACCCCUCGAGAAAAAAACAAACCAACACACACAUAAAUUCCACCAAUCAACCAUAAAAUGCACUCUCAUGUCUCCAAGUGUCGCAAAAACACCAACAAAAAAAUCUGUGAGAAACUACUGAGAAGAUCAACAAUAGACAUCAAAGUGAAAAACAACUCAAAACUACACAAGUUUUCGUUGACUAACUUCACAAAAGAAAAGAAAAAAAAACAAAUAUCCUUAAGUUUCAACGAGAUAAGCAAACACCCAGACUCGUUGUUUGGUUUGCUAUAAUGGCAAAGAAGAAAGAGAGCGAGACAGCAUGGAGUUAGAACAAACAAAAAUUGUUAUAAAUUUGAACUUUAGGAAAACACAAAUUUACUAUAGGACACAAUUAACAAAAAAUAGUGGGAAACCAGCAAGCUAACAAGCAAAAAAAAAUACUACUAAACCGAUAUAAUCAUUAGCGAGAAAAGAAAGAAGAAGAAAAAACACGUUAAAACGGUACGACUUUUGUCAUUGUUUCAAUAGAAAA